GGCAACCGAGCCUAUUCCUUGAAUGUGGAUUCAUUGUCAUUUCUGUGUAUUGUCACAUGACUGGUCUUGGUGAGUGCGGAGGUGCCGGAUGGACGAUGGUUAUGAAAAUAGAUGGGCGCAAGAGAACUUUCCAUUAUGAUUCCAAGUAUUGGAGCGACAAAAAUUCCUUCAACUUACCAGGAGGAAAAACUGGGUUUGACUCGCAAGAGACCAAGUUACCGACAUACUGGAAUACACCUUUCUCCAAGAUCUGUUUUGGUAUGAAGGUUGACCAACAGCUCAACUUUAUUGUCAUUAACAGAGAGGCUGAAUCUUUGUUCUCACUGCUUGCUGAUGGAAAAUACCGCAAUACCUCAUUGGGUCGGGACACAUGGAAGACGCUGAUAGGCUCGCAGGCUUCCUUACAGCUUCACUGCAACAUGGAUGGCUUCAAUUGUGAUGGUGUAAAGACUAAAACAAAGAUUGGGAUCGUUUCUAACGAGUAUUUGAAUGCCUGCGAUCAAUGUGAUUCAAGAAUUGGUUUUGGUGGCGCAGGAGUAUAUGACGAUAAUAACUCAUGUGGUAACGUUGCUGUUUGGAACCCUGACAAUGGUGACAAAUACAUUAAAGCCAUGGGAUACAUUUUUGUUCAGUAG